AUGGAUGAGCCCGAGGAGUUCUUUCGAAAAGGGGGGAAACAGCCAAAGUAUACAGAUCCUGAUAAAUUUAGUCUUGAGAUUCAUCAUGGAGGCAAACUGAUUAAAGGGGGAGGCAUUGAUGAAUAUGUAGGAAGAGAGGGUGUGUUUCUUGACCACGUAGAUGGAGAUAAAAUGUCAUGGAUUGAGCUUGUGAGGAUUAUGGUUGCAGCCAUGCCUAAGAGUAGAAAUAUGCCUUUGUAUGUAGUUAGACAACAACCAGUAAGUCAACCUUGUAUGCCUAUGAACACUGUUGAUAACGAAAUACCAUUUGUGCAAGAGAUUCAUGUGGCCCAAUCUUUGAAUUGGGACGGUUUGUUUAUUGAUUGGAAUGAUGACAACCUUGAUACCUUUAAAAGACAAGAAGAGAAUUCAAGUAGAAAUCAAUGGCAACUUGGGGACCUACCUACUGAGGUGGGAAAUGAGGCUUUUGAGGUACAAUAUGAGGGGCAAAACGACAAUGAGGUUGAAGAGGAACAAGAUGAAGAUGAGGAAGAUCCAUUGGAUAUGGACUUCAUAGACAGUGACUAUGAGCAAAUAGGAAAAGCUGAAGAGAUUGAGAUCGAUAAUAAUAUGUUUGAGGAAAAUAUAGAUAAUCCGAUUGAAGAGGAGCCUGAAGAGAUGGGUUUUGCAGGGGAGAUUUCAGAUCAUUUGGAAACAUGGUUCAAAGAGGCUGUGAUUCAUUAUGGUUGCAAGUUAGGAAGAAAAAUUUGGUUUAAGAAGAAUGACAAGAAUAGGGUGAGGGCUGCAUGUGAGGAAGGAUGUCCAUUUGUAAUAUAUGCAUCAAGAAUUGAUGAGUCACCAACCUUGGUGAUUAAAACAAUGAAUUUGGAGCAUGAUUGUUCAGUUGAUCAGAAGUUGUUUUGGAUGAAUUCAACCUUUAUGGCUGAGAAAUAUUUCAAUGAGUUAAGGGCAGAUCCUGACUGGUCUGUAAAGGGAUUUACAGCUGCAAUUCAAAGGGAUUUUGGGUUGGAACCUUCUUCCCAGCAAAUCUAUAGAGCUGGAAAGAAGGCAUGUACAUUGAACAAGUGUGAUUUUGUGGAUCAAUUCCACAAAUUGCAUGACUAUUGUGAGAAAUUGAAGAAAGCAAAUCCAGGAAGCACAGUGGUGCUUAAAACAAAGAUGGAUGGUGAUCAAAGAAGAUUUCAUAGGCUGUACAUAUGUUUGGAUGCUUGCAAGAGAGGGUUUAUAGAAGGAUGUAUGCCUCUAAUAGGUAUGGAUGGAGCUUUUAUUAAGGGACCACAUCCUGGACAAUUAUUGGCAGCAGUUGGAUCAGAUGGGAACAAUGGAAUGUUUCCUAUAGCUUAUGCAAUUGUGGAGAUUGAGAAUAAGGAAACUUGGGUAUGGUUCAUCCAACAUUUGAUAAGGGAUUUAAGGAUUGAAAAUGGUCAUGCUUACGCUUUUAUAUCAGACAAACAAAAAGGUUUAAGCAUUGCAAUUGCUGAGUUGAUACCCAAUGCAGAACAUAGACACUGCGUGAGGCAUUUCUACAACAACUUUAAGGGAUCACAUCCUGGAUUAACAUUGAAGCAAAUUUUGUGGGAUGCAGCUAGAGAAACAACAAUCCCUUGGUGGAAAUGUCAAAUGGAAAGGAUAAAGAUGGAAAGUGAAGCAGCUUGGAAGUGGUUGCAUCCAAAGCCAGCCCAACACUGGAGUAAAUCUCACUUUAAAACACAUUAUAAGUGUGAUAUGUUGUUAAACAACCUGUGUGAGGCCUUUAAUUCUUCCAUAGUGAAGGCAAGGGACAAGCCAAUUCUUCAAAUGCUUGAGAGUAUAAGGACCAAUCUCAUGGUGAGAAUGGCAAAUAGGAGGGUUGCUGCAUUUAAAUGGAAAAAAUCAGUGGGACCAAGGAUUGAAAAAAUUGUUGAAAAAAACAAGGUUGAGUCUGGGUAUUGCAUUCCAAUAUUAUCUGGGGAUAUGAAGUACCAAGUGACAAAUAUGGAAGGGGGACAAUAUGCUGUAGAUCUUGGAACAAGAUCAUGCUCUUGUAUGAGAUGGGAUCUUUGUGGGAUCCCAUGUUCUCAUGCAAUCACUUGCAUUAGUAGAAGAAGGCAAGACCCUUUUGACUAUGUAGAUGAAUGUUACAAAAAGGCUGCUUAUCUGAAGUCUUAUAACCCUAUUAUAUCACCAAUGCCCAGCAUAGAUCAAUGGCAAAGACAUGAUCCUAACCCAUUGUUGCCUCCUUUAUACAAGAAGCAAGUUGGGAGACCUAAAAAGAAACGUGUCAGAGAGCAAGGAGAGCCACCAGCUGCAACAUCAGGAAAUAGACUAAGAAAAUGGGUUUAUGACAGAUUCAAAUGCAGCAAAUGUGGCAAGGAUGGACAUAAUAAGAAAACAUGUGGGACCUCUAGCACAAAUGCAGCUACCAAACAGGUGGCAAGAGGAGGCCAUAACAGGACAACAACUGCACAAUCUCAUACAUCGAUACCAACAGUGGGUUCACAACCUCCUCUUUCACAACCUUCUUCAUCAAACCAAGGCACGACACCACAAACCCAGCAAAAAAGACUUGAGUCUCUAGCAAAAAGAGGAAGACCAUGGAGAGACUUGCUCAAGAUUGAUGUCUUUGAUGUGGUGCACUG